AUAUAGAAUAACUUUAUAUAUAUAUAUCUAUAAUGGCGACAGCUACAACGAUGACUCCUAAUACAACAGAUAAGGAAGGCAUCAAACAAUAUUAUCAAGCCAAGAUUGAAGAAUGUGAACUUGUUAUCAACGAUAAGUCUCAAGAUUUACGUCGAUUGGAAGCUCAACGUAAUGCUUUGAAUGCCAAAGUUCGACUUUUGAAAGAAGAGCUUCAAUUAUUACAAGAACCUGGAUCUUAUGUGGGUGAAGUAGUCAAAGUAAUGGGCAAGAAGAAAGUGUUAGUAAAGGUACAUCCCGAAGGCAAAUAUGUGGUUGAUCUUGCUUCUGAUAUCGAUAUUGCACAAUUGACACCUACGACACGUGUGGCACUUCGAAAUGAUUCUUAUCAACUUCAUAAAGUUCUACCCAACAAGGUGGAUCCUUUGGUCUCACUCAUGAUGGUGGAAAAAGUGCCUGACUCUACAUAUGAAAUGGUUGGUGGUUUAGAACAACAAAUCAAGGAAAUCAAGGAAGUCAUUGAAUUACCUGUUAAACAUCCUGAACUUUUCGAAUCUCUUGGUAUUGCUCAACCAAAGGGUGUACUACUGUAUGGUCCUCCUGGUACUGGUAAAACAUUAUUGGCUCGGGCUGUAGCUCAUCACACAGAUUGUCGAUUCAUUCGUGUAUCUGGGUCAGAAUUGGUACAAAAAUAUAUUGGUGAAGGUAGUCGAAUGGUACGAGAAUUAUUUGUCAUGGCAAGAGAACAUGCUCCUUCAAUUAUCUUUAUGGACGAAAUCGAUUCUAUUGGUUCAGCACGUAUGGAAGGUGGUGGUGGUGGUGAUUCCGAAGUACAGCGUACUAUGUUGGAAUUAUUGAAUCAAUUGGACGGUUUCGAACCUACAAAGAAUAUCAAGGUGAUCAUGGCCACCAAUCGUAUCGAUAUUUUGGAUGCUGCAUUAUUACGACCUGGACGUAUUGAUAGAAAGAUUGAAUUCCCUCCACCAAGUGAAGCUGCUCGUGCUGAUAUUUUGAAGAUUCACUCUCGAAAAAUGAACCUGACACGAGGUAUUAAUCUUCGAAAGAUUGCGGAAAAGAUGACUGGUAGUAGUGGUGCUGAAGUCAAGGCUGUCUGUACUGAAGCUGGUAUGUUUGCUUUACGUGAACGACGUGUACAUGUGACUCAAGAAGACUUUGAAAUGGCAGUUGCCAAGGUGAUGAAGAAGGAUUCCGAUGCCAAUACCAGUUUGAAGAAGCUUUGGAAGUAGGAUGGUUGAUAUAUAUAUAUGUUUUACAUUUUAGUUUUACCUUUUUUUUUCAAUAAAUGCUAUAUUGUUUAUUUGAUUGGAAAUAAAUAAAUUGUUACUGUUAUUUUUUUUUUAUAUCAUUUUCUUGUUUUUAUUGGAUUGAAU